GGAAGAAAAAAAGGAACUCUGUUUCUUUGGUUGGGUUUUUUCUUAUUUUUGGUUGUGGGGGACUAUCAUUUUCUUUUGAAAGAUAGACCCAGGGUUGUGAAAGAACAUUUGAAGUGGGGUGGCAGACAAAGAGAGAGAAACAGAUAAAAAGAGUGUGUGAGAGAGAGAUCUAUGGGGGGUUCUUAAUGAUGGGAACGGUUCACUUUGCUUUUUGGGAUUUAUCAGGUGAAUGCAGUUGAAAACACCGUCUCUUUACUUUCUUCUUCUUCUUCCUAUCCCUCUUUACCUAGUUUCUCUUCUUGCUUGCUUAUUUUUUCGGACGUUGAAAUCAUGGGUUUUUAGCCUCCAGCUUCCUUUUUUUUUUUUCUCUACUGCCCGUUUCUUUUCAAAAGCUAUAUUCUUUGAGGGAUUUAAAGGUACAAGGUUGAGACUAGUAGAUUUCUUUUGGCUUUUUUUUUUUUGUUCUAUGAUUUGUUUUUGCAUGUUUCAAGUUCUGGGUUCUGUGAUGCAUUGAAGUUGGAAGCUUUUGGUACAAAGAGCUCUUCUUGCUUCCUUGUGGAGUUAGAGUUACAGCUCCGGGGUUUCAAGCUUGAAUUUUUGGAAGUUUACUUACUUGGCUUUCUAAGGUAUUUCUGUUAUUUUACUUUGGUUUACACUUGUAGGUGCCUUUGAGUAUAUGAUGGCUAGCUUAAAGGGCUUGUGCUUGAUGGGAAAUUUUCAAGUUUUUGGCUUGAUUAUCUCAAAUGGGUUUGUGGCCCUUGCAACUGAAUGCUUUGUUUUUGAGGAAAGAUCUGUGAGAGCUUCAAGUUUGGUAGUUAAGACAGUUUUGCUGAAUAAUUAGUAGGAUGUGAGGAAUUUUGGUGCCUUUUAUAUAGCCAUAAUUAAGGAGAGAUUUGGGGCGUGCAAGAUUAAUGAAAAUGCGAUAUAUUUUGUUAUGUUUCUUUAAGUCAAAAGAGGUUCUGCAAUCGAACACAUUAGUGCUGUGAUCAUGACCAGGGCUGUUCGAAAUAGGAUACUCAAGGAUGCGAAUGGUGAUAUUAGUGAUCAUCUACGCAACCACAUUCAUUUGACUAAUUGUAUCCACUUGAAGAACCAUAUGCAUAAGCAUAGCCCUAUAUUUGCUGACAGAUCGCUUAUGAGGGACCUUAUAGUCCUUCAAAGGUCACGCUCCCUCAGGGACCCUUCUGCCAGUUCUCCCUCUUGGCACUCGCCUUCUGUUGCUGAUUUGCUUUCCAAGAAGGGUGAUAAGGAUGCUGUUCGGGAGGGGAGAAGGUCUGUGGGUGUUGAGAUGGAGAGGGAAGGAAGGAGGCUUUCAGUAAGCUCACCACCUUUAGCCAAUUUUGCAACUUCAAAAGUUGCUCCGGGUGAAGCUAGUGGGGUCAAUGAAGGAGUACCAACAAUUAGUGACCGUAGUAGUAAGAGUGGAGCUAGAGAUAGUAGAAGAAUUAGGAGAGAAGAAUCUAGUUGGAGAAGUUAUAGGACUGAUCUUUUGGGUGAAAAUAAGGAGCCUGUACAGGAGCAAGAUGGCAAUGGUUUGCUUCCUGAUGCUAUCUCAGAUAAUUCUAGACUGAAAGAUAGGAAGAAUAAAAAGCAAAAGGGGAAGCAAACACAAGGCGUUCAAAUGAAGAUUCUAUCUGAGCAAUUGAAUGACCUGCCCCUGGAUAGUGCUGAUGUAGCAUCUUCAAAUGUCCACCUUCGUGGAAGGCAUGUUAGACCUGAGAAAACUGGUGAGGAACCUGUAGUCAGCAUCCAUGGUUAUUCAACUGGAUUAAACAGGGUGAAAAGACGCAAGUUUCGACGGCCAAGAAGAUCUCAGACUGCUCCUUCUUCUAGAGAGGUUGGAGGUCAGAAUGAGUUGUCUGUGGCUUCUAAUUCAUUUGCUCAAGGUUCAGUGUGUCCAAAUUAUGGCAUGGAAGAUGAGGAAAAUGAAUAUGAUGAGCAAAAUGUCUCCAGGGCCCCUAGAAAUGGAUGUGGGAUCCCCUUUAAUUGGUCAAGAAUUCAUCACAGGGGUAAAACUUUCCUUGACAUUGCAGGAAGGAGUUUUUCCUGUGGUUUAUCUGACUCUAGAUUGAGGAAAGGUGGGGCCAGUUCCCAUGGUAGAAAUGCUCCUGAAAUGCCUGUGGAAUCUGAUCAAUCAAGCUCAUCUGCAAAAUCCAACGCGGAGGCACUGCCUCUUCUAAUUGAGGCAUCUGGAUCUCGGGACAGUACAGAGAAUGCUGGUUGGGUGAAUGACUAUUCAGGGGAGCUUGGUAUAUUUGCUGAUAAUUUAUUGAAGCGCAAUACUGAUUCUGACCUUGCUUCUGAAGCUAGAUCUGGUGAGCAAAGCAAGUUAGGCAGGAGCCACCGAGGUAGGCACCAAAAUAUCACACAAAAGUACAUGCCAAGAACUUUUAGAGACCUUGUUGGACAAAAUUUGGUAUCACAAGCUCUUUCUAAUGCUGUCAUGAAAAGGAAGGUGGGAUUGCUAUAUGUUUUUUAUGGACCUCAUGGAACAGGAAAAACUUCCUGUGCUCGGAUAUUUGCCAGAGCUUUGAAUUGUCAAUCACUUGAACAGCCCAAACCUUGUGGCUUUUGCAAUUCUUGUAUUUCACACGAUAUGGGUAAGAGUCGAAAUAUAAGGGAAGUUGGUCCUGUCAGUAAUUUUGACUUUGAGAGUAUUAUGGAUCUACUUGAUAAUAUGAUAAUCUCUCAGCUGCCUUCACAGUACAGGGUUUUUAUAUUUGACGACUGUGACACUUUAGCCUCUGAUUGUUGGAGUGCCAUAUCAAAGGUCAUCGAUCGAGUACCCAGGCGUAUGGUCUUUAUUCUUGUCAGUUCAAGUCUUGAUAUUCUGCCUCAUAUAAUCGUAUCCAGGUGUCAGAAAUUCUUUUUCCCAAAACUGAAGGAUGCAGAUAUCAUUUAUACUUUGCAGUGGAUUGCAUCCAGAGAGGACGUUGAAAUUGAGAAAGAUGCACUUAAGCUGAUUGCAUCUCGAUCAGAUGGAUCACUGAGGGAUGCAGAGAUGACACUUGAGCAGUUGAGUUUGCUUGGGCAAAAAAUCUCUGUUCCUCUGGUUCAGGAACUGGUUGGGCUUAUCUCUGAUGAAAAGCUGGUGGAUCUUCUUGAUCUAGCGUUAUCUGCAGACACAGUAAACACCGUAAAGAGUUUGAGGGUGAUAAUGGAAACUGGUGUGGAGCCUUUAGCUUUGAUGUCACAGCUUGCUACUGUUAUAACUGAUAUUCUUGCUGGCAGUUAUGAUUUCACUAAAGAAAGGCAUAGAAGGAAGUUCUUUCGACAACUGCCAUUGUCCAAAGAAGAGAUGGAGAAACUACGCCAAGCUUUGAAAACGUUAUCUGAGGCAGAAAAACAACUGAGGAUGUCAAAUGACAAACUAACAUGGCUAACUGCUGCUUUACUUCAGCUUGCUCCAGAUCAGCAGUAUAUGUUGCCUAUUUCUUCCACUGAUACUAGUUCUCAUCAUAGUCCCUUGCCUUUAAGUGAUAUGGGUGGAAGAGAUAUAGCCAGGAAAGAUGGUGAGCUUGUUAUGCUGCAUAAUAACUAUAGAGGCCUGUCUACAAAUGCUAGGUUGGAAAAUCUCCAUGCAGGAAGUUCAGGGGAUGUUGAAACUGACAUCAUGAAUGGUAUAAGUUUGGAUAGGAAGAGACAUUCUGUGACUCGGAUGGCUCCUCAACAAACAUCCACGGUAUCUGCUGAUUUGAUCAGGGUUACUGGGAGGCAGAAUUUUGUCAAAAAUCGUAGGGGAAUUGAAGAAAUUUGGUUGGAGGUGCUUGAGAAGAUUCAAGUUAGUAGUCUAAAAGAGUUUUUGUAUCAAGAAGGAAAGCUGAUCUCUGUCAGCUUUGGUGCAGCCCCAACUGUACAGUUGAUGUUCAGUUCACAUAUGACCAAAUCUAAGGCAGAGAAAAUUAGGGGGCAUAUUUUACAAGCAUUUGAGUCUGUUCUUGGUUCUCCUGUAACAAUUGAAAUUAGAGGUGCAGUGAAGAAAGAUGCGAGUGCUGGCUCUCAUGGACUUCCUGUUUUACCAUCUUCCAGGGAUGGUCCAUCUCAGAUGGUCAUGGAUCCAGAGCCUAAUUCUGGAAAUAGGAUGCAUACGGCUGGUUUUGCUGGUAUUAACAAAAGGGUUAUGAGAGAUAGAGAUGCUGGGGUCGGCUCUCAAGCUCAGCCGACACACCCUGAAUCUCUUGAAGCAGGAAGGAGUGAAAUUGUUGAAAUACCAGCUUCUCCAAGAGAAGCCAAGGAUAGUGAACAUGCCAACGGCAUAGAAUCUAACAGAAGAGGUUCAAGGGUGGCUGAUGCUGGAGCUUAUAGGAAAUCGGCAUCAGCGUCCAUUUCAGGAAGACGGAAACUUGGGAAACUAAGUCAGAGUCAGAGCAUUGUUAGAAGCAAGGUUUCCCUUGCAUAUGUAAUUCAGCAGGCAGAAGGAUGUACACAACGAAAUGGAUGGUCAAAGUGCAAAGCAGUUUCCAUUGCUGAAAGGCUUGAACAGGAGAACCUGAGAUUGGAACCUAGGUCGAGAAGCUUGCUUUGCUGGAAAGCAUCUAGAGUAACUCGUCGGAAGCUCUCACGCUUGAAGAUUAGGACACGAAGACCGCAUUCAUUAUUGAAGCUUGUCUCUUGUGGAAAAUGUCUCUCUUCUAAAUCUCCUAGGUAGGACAAGAAAAUUUUUGGAUGGCUUUGAACGGUUGGUGCACGACUUAAAUUGGAUUCAUAUUACAUUUGUAAUUAGUUAUUUUCUUGCCGUUUACAAGGUCAAUUCAAUCUGUCAAAUCUUUUUCCUCGAAUAAAUGUAUUAAGUUCUUAUAUAUGGGAAAAUGUAGGCAGGAAACUAGAUAGUGCAGCCAUAUUUUUAGUGAAUCUUUAUCAUGUUUAUGCAAUCAUUAUUCAUUAA